AUGCCGCGCCGUCCUGUUGAUCUCGCCGUGCUCGGUUUGAAUUAUAAGACCACUGAUGAAGAUUUCAAGAAGUACUUCGAGACGUUUGGUACCGUCGUAUUCGCACAGGUCAAAAAGAAUCCAGACGGUUCAUCCAGAGGAUACGGAUUUGUACAAAUGAGCACACUGGAAGAGCAGGACAAAAUAAUGGAGACUUUCGAUCACACAAUCGAUGGAAGACGCUGUGAAAUUCGCAUUCCUGAUAAGAAACGUAUCGACGCCAAUGGAAAACGCAUUGUAACACGGAGACCCGAUAAAAUAUUUGUCGGUCGCCUUACCUCUGCAGUCACGGAGGAGACUUUGCGAAAGUUCUUCGACAAAGAAGCUAAAGCUGUUAAGGAAUCAGCAUCGGUGACCAAUGUUCAAAUUCCACGACCUUUUCGUGGUUUUGCUUUCGUUACGUUCUCGCACUCGGGAGUCGCUGAUAAAAUGGUCAAGUCGAACAAUUUCGUUAUUGACGGUAUGUCAGUCGUUGUGACGUUUGCGGUCCCUCGUGCUAGUUCACAACAGUCCGGUGAACCUGGAUCGGAGGUGCCAACUGGAUACGAUUUCGGCUCUGCAUACGCCUCACCUUACGGAAAAGGUGGCGCUGUAUACGACGAGACGCCAGUUGGUCUACUUCCACCUGCUGCGACGGAAAUGUUUGGCUACAGCCCUGCUGGUGUGUUCCCUCGACCGCCUUUUGAAGGAUGGACAGCACCACCCCCAGCUGCUCAAAGUACCCCCCGUACAAGCCGUGGUGCUGGUGCAGCGGCUUUGCAGAAAGGAGCACAACGGCCUUCGCCUGUCGUGCCCCCGUACAUGUAUGCCAGGGAUCCUAGAGAAGGAUCGUUUGGCCAAGCCGCUUCAAACCAGAUAGCCAGCGGAUUAGAUGCAUUGAAUCUCAACCAGAAGAAUCCGGAAUUGAUCAGCGCUGCUUGGAACGCAUUUUUCAAAACGCUGAACAGCGGUACUGCUGCAGCACAGCCACGCAAGCAGCAGUGGUAA